AUGGUCACACUGAGUAAGAAAGACGCCAGGAAGGCUAAAGUGGGUAAAGGAAAAGCCAAAGAGGAAGUAUCGAAGCCUAAACCAUCUAAGAAAAUAGUCGAAGAGGAAUUAGAAGACGAGGACGAUGAUAGUAGUGAGGAUGAAGAUGAUUAUGGAGUCAGUGAAGAGGGGAUCAAGAGGUUGAUGGAAUUGGUAGACCCAGAAGAUCUAGAUGAGUUCGAAAAAGCUUUACUGGGUGGGGAUGACGAGGACGAAGAGGGUGAAGAAGAGGACGGAGAGGAUGAGGGCGAGGAUGAGGAGCUGGUCUCCGGGGAAGAAGCAUUGUCAGAUGAGGAUAGCGAUGAAGAGGAUGACGAAGAAGAGGACGAGGAGGAUCUCGACAACACCAUAGUCAAUGAGAAGCCGGACGAGGAUGCCAUCUCGCUCGACGGAUUGCAAUCGGAUGUAUCAGUGGAUGAAGAUGCCGUACCCAUGCGAAAGGUCACAAUCAACAAUAAGCCUGCUAUGAGGACGAUAACCGAAGCCAUCAAAGUUACCAGUAUGCCUUGGCCGGAGCAUCUCGUAUUGAACAGCAAGGAGAUCGUUGAAGUUGAUCCAAGUGAUGACUUGCAAAGAGAAAUGGCUUUCUAUAAGAUCGCCUUGGAAUGUGUACCUCAAGCUAAGAAGCUCGCUGCCAAACAUGAUAUACCAUUUACUCGGCCGACCGAUUAUUAUGCUGAGAUGGUUAAGUCUGAUGAACACAUGGAGAGAGUAAGGACCAAACUUGUGGAGGAAGCCCAAGGAAUCAAGAAAUCCGAAGCUGCCAAGAAACAACGAGAUCUCAAGAAAUUCGGUAAACAGAUCCAACAUGAGAAACUCAAACAGAGAGAGAUGGAUAAGAAGUCGUUCCAGGAUAGAGUGCAAGGUCUGAAGAGGAAACGAAAGGAGGGUAUGGAACUUGGGGAAGAUGGAGAUGAUGACCAAUUCGGUAUUUCGGUGGAAGAUGCCAUCGAAGGUAAACCAGAACGAGGUAGUGGUGGUGGUAGAGGCAGAGGUGGAAAGGCGAAGAUGCCCCGACAUGUCCGAGAUAACAAAUACUCUUUUGGUGGUUCUUCAAGAAGGGACAAGCAAAAUACUCGAGAUAGUACGAAUGAUUUCUCAUUCGGAGGUGGUAAACCAGGACGAGGUGGGAAAGGUGGUAGGGGUGGAAGGGGUGGUGGCGGAAGGGGCGGAGGAGGUAGACCAGGUAAAUCUAGGAGAAUGGCUGGAAGGGUGUAA